AUGCGCUCCAACACCGUCUUGCUGGCGCCGCUGGCCCUGUUUGCUUCGGGUGCGCUCUCCUUCUAUCCGUACACACCACCGUGGUUGAAGGAGAUUGAAGAGAAACACGCCGGUGAGGCGAGGAGGAGUGUAGAAGAUGGUGUGACGUUUGACAUUAAGCGAAGAGCAUCAAGACGGGCUCCCGUAUCACAAGAACAAAAGGCUGCAUGGCAGGCCGCCCUGCUAUCUCACAAAUACGGCGGCGACGAUGAUUCUUCGAGCUCGAACAAAGACACAAAUCUUGCCAAGCGAGACAACAAGUUCAACAUCAUGCAGGCCGUCGAUCCCAACGAACCAGACACCGCCGGCCUCGACCAAGACGGCACCGAUUACUCGUAUUUUGUCCAGGCGGAACUUGGCUCCCAGAAGAAAAAGAUGUACAUGUUGCUCGAUACUGGCGCUGGUUCCAGUUGGGUUAUGGGUACCGACUGCACAUCUCAAGCCUGCACGCUGCACGACUCCUUUGGGCCGAGCGAUUCGAGCACCCUCAAAACCAGCUCCAAAACUUUCAACAUUGCCUAUGGAUCUGGAUCUGUCAGCGGCUCAUUGGUCAACGACACCAUUAGCGUCGCCGGCAUGAGCUUGACAUAUCAGUUUGGUCUGGCCUCCAACACGUCUUCCGACUUUGUCCACUUUGCCUUUGACGGCAUUCUUGGAAUGUCCAUGAAUAGUGGCGCAAAUGAAAACUUUCUUUCUGCAUUGGGCGGUGCCGGCUUACUCGACAAGAGCAUCUUUUCUGUUGCCCUGAGUCGAGCUUCCGAUGGUUACAACGACGGCGAAGUUACCUUUGGUGCCACCAACCCGUCAAGAUACACCGGCGCCAUCACUUACACGAGUAUCCCCGAGGGCACCGAUUGGUCCAUUCCCUUGGACGACAUGUCCUAUAACGGGAAGAAGGGAAAUGUUGGUGGCAUCAAUGCCUACAUCGACACAGGCACCUCCUACAUCUUCGGCCCUUCAAAGAACGUCAAGGCGCUGCACGCCGUCAUUGACGGAGCUCAGAGCUCGGAUGGCGUCACUUGGACUGUUCCCUGCGAUACCACUACUCCCCUGGUCGCUACCUUUUCUGGCGUCGACUUCAGCAUCUCUCCCAAGGACUGGGUUUCCCCCAAGGAUAGCACUGGAAAGUGCACAAGCAAUGUCUAUGGCUACGAGGUUGUCCAAGGCUCUUGGCUCUUUGGCGAUACGUUUCUAAAGAACGUCUACGCCGUCUUUGACAAAGACCAGAAGCGAAUUGGAUUUGCCAAGCGUACCAACACUAGCACCGGGAACAAGAGCAUUGCCACCGCCACGAAUUCUGGUGUUGCUUCUGCUACCGGAGCAGCCACUGGCACCUCUACGUUCGAGCCUCCAUCCCCAACCGCCUUGGGCCUCAGUGGCCAAGAGACAUCAGGAGCUCACCCUACCCAAACACGAACCAGCUCCUCAGCCACCUCAUUCCUCCGGACUGGCAGCCCGACCCUUGUUCUAUGUAUAUUGCCGUUUCUUGUACUGCUGGUAUGA